AUGCAAAGCUUAUGGUCCACCCACAGAAAAGCGAAGCUCAAUCUAAAUGCUCCUGCUCCGCUUUCGUCAAACACGCCUCUCGAGACCCCUCCUCUAGAAGAUGCAGACCAACCACCCGGGUUAGAAAACCCAGGAACAUCGAUUCCUCCUACAUCUUCCACAACACCUGCCACGAAUGAAGUAACCUCGCCUGACAUUCGUCCCCCUUCCUCGAAGCGAAAAUUGCGUACAGCCCGCUCGACAGCAGAAGACAGCGGAAAACGACCGAAACUAUCUGCCCUUCCCAUGGCGAAGCAUACACCCCCUGCUACUCGACUAUCCGACCUAGGCGGUGUGGAAGGAUGCGUGGAAAAGAUGUUGGAGCUUGUUGCCAUGCCCCUCGGUCAUCCGGAAAUCUAUCUGCACACCGGUGUACAGCCUCCACGCGGUGUUUUGCUGCAUGGCCCUCCGGGGUGUGGCAAGACCCUCCUAGCGAAUGCAAUAGCCGGGGAGCUGGGCGUUCCCUUCAUCAGCAUAUCCGCUCCCUCCAUCGUAUCUGGCAUGUCUGGAGAGUCGGAAAAGACGCUACGGGAUACAUUUGACGAGGCCAAGCGUGUUGCUCCUUGUCUGUUGUUCAUCGACGAGAUCGAUGCUAUCACUCCAAAACGAGAGAGUGCCCAGAGGGAGAUGGAAAGACGCAUAGUCGCGCAGUUCCUGACGUGCAUGGAUGAUAUGUCUUGGGAGAAGACUGAAAAUAAGCCGGUAAUUGUCAUUGGCGCCACAAACCGACCAGACUCGUUAGAUGCUGCUCUUCGUCGCGCAGGCCGUUUCGACCACGAGAUAAGCAUGGGUGUUCCAGAUGAAGAGGCACGAACCAAAAUUCUGCAAGUACUAUGCGCAAAACUCCGGCUAGACGGCGACUUUAACUUUGCUGCCUUUGCCAAAGUGACGCCUGGCUACGUAGGCGCAGACCUAUCAGCCUUAACAGGUGCAGCGGGCGUCAUUGCUGUCAAACGCAUCUUCAAACAACUCACAGACGGCACGCUCGUCCUACCGGAGGCAUCAGAAAAUGUCGGCCAAGAUACUCCCAUGGCAGUGGAUGCGCCACCAACGCCCCCAGCCGAUAUCACGCCAAGUAUAAUACCAUUUUUCUCUCUAGCAUCCCAACUCCCUACUUCUUCCAUCGCACACUUUCUCAGUGCACAUCCCUCUCCCCUCACAGCCGCUCAGCUCGCCCCUCUCUGCAUUACUUCGGACGAUUUUUACGCCGCGCUACGUGAAGUUCAGCCUUCCUCCAAGCGAGAGGGUUUUGCAACUGUGCCAGACGUGACGUGGGCUGAUAUCGGCGCACUACAUGGCACACGUGAAGAGUUACACAUGGCAAUUGUGCAGCCCAUCAGGCGCCCUGAGCUGUUCAGUGCUGUGGGCAUCGAAGCAGCGUGUGGUGUGCUGCUGUGGGGUCCGCCGGGAUGUGGAAAGACCUUACUGGCGAAAGCUGUCGCAAAUGAGUCCAGGGCAAAUUUCAUUAGCGUCAAGGGCCCUGAGCUUCUAAACAAGUAUGUCGGCGAGAGCGAGAGAGCUGUUAGACAGGUAUUCUCUCGUGCCCGUGCUUCAUCUCCCUGCGUGAUCUUCUUCGACGAGCUAGACGCUCUCGUCCCUCGGAGAGAUGAAAGCAUGUCAGAAUCUUCCGCACGCGUCGUGAACACGCUACUCACAGAGCUAGAUGGACUUGACUCCCGCAAAGCUGUCUACGUCAUCGCCGCAACGAACCGUCCCGAUAUGAUCGACCCGGCUAUGGUUCGCCCAGGGCGUCUCGACAAGCUCCUCUACGUUGACCUACCAAGCGCUGACGAACGCGUCGAGAUCGUACGGACGCUAGCGCGUAAAGUCCCAUUCGCCCUUACAGAAUCAGGUGGCGAGACAAUUCUGCAACGCGCGGAGCACAUCGUGCGGGAGAAAUGUGAUGGGUACAGCGGUGCGGACCUCGCAGCUGUCGUUCGGGAGGCAGGCGUUGUGGCGCUGAGACGUGUUCUCGGUGCGCUUGACCAGAUGGAUGACGGUGAUGGAGGUUUGGUAGAGAAUCAGCCGCGAGUAGUUGUCGUGUUGGAGGAUUUCAUUCGCGCUCAGGAUAAGGUCAGUCCCAGCGUGUCUGCUGUGCAGCGGAGGAAGUAUGAAGCGCUGCGAGCCAAGUUUGCUGGCCUUCCUGUGCGAACGGGGAAGGAUGUCGAUUAG